AAGGUAGAUAUAUAAUGUACAUAUGCGUUUUAACGAUGCGAGUUCGUUUGCAAAAUGACUCGUUUGAAUGCAUACAGUGAUUAGGAAGAAAAGAGUUUGCAAUGUACGUAAAGUAAAUGCGAUGUAAGCUGAAAGGUAAAGAUCAUAACAAAUAAUAACGAUAAUAAAAUCGCUUCUUUGAAACAAAGAAGAAAAUCGUAGAGUUUUGCGGGGGAGCAACGGGCAAAGAAAGUGAAACUUUAAUCGCGACCGAUCACGGUUGUCGCGUUUCUUCGCUCGAUAACUCGACGUCACGUCGUGCGAUUCUGAGGCGCCAAUGGUCGGAUCGCGUGCUUCGAGUUGGUUAACAGUCGACCCCUUGUUUCUCGAGAUUGUACUUUCAGAGACAGGGGUCGGGUUAAAAGCGGUAAACGUAGCCAUUUGGUCACCUUUAAUCUAUCCCUCUCCUUUUUCUCCAACAGAGGCGUUUUCAUUUUCUCUCUCUCUCUCUCUCUCUCUCUCUCUCUCUCUACUAGAAUCGCUUUAACGUAAUUAUCGUGCCAAGAUCUCUGAUUUCUCUUAGGAAAAUGGGGGAGGUGUUGCAAGAAAGAAAUAAAGAAAUAUCGUGCAACACAGCGGUAAUUAAAAUUAGCGAUCGACUUCUGAUCACACGAAUCGUGACAAACCUCAGUUUGUCAGAGUACAACAUUCGCAGAAGGUUUCGUCUCUUUGCAUUUUCUUUGCUUGAUCCGCUCGGGAAUACAACGCGGAUAUCGUUUGCAAUGGGUUUGAAACAAAGUCGAAUCGCGUGAGACAGCUUUGAUGAAAUUAACGCGAUUAUUCGCCGUGAUAAUCAGGGAGGAUCGUAAUGAAAGGAGAACCGGUGAUUAGGAACGAACUGGCAGAUGUAAAGAUAAUUGCACCCCUGUCGUUCGUGCUCAUCUACCUUGAUGGUCUUCAACGUCUGCCCUCUCCACUCGAAUCUAACGAAGUGGAAAGCUUGACACUUUCCAGUCGUUCGAUCUCGAAUAUAUCUACUAAUUACAAUUGCCAAAAUUUGCUGUUCCUCCUUGAAAAUUGCUCGGCAUUCCCGCGAGGACGAAAAGAUCGGCGCGAGGCAAUCCAAUCAGCAGACACGUUCCCGGCAAUGGAUAUUCGACAUUGUGUGGAAAUUGCACCGUUUAAUUACACAGAUCAAAGCGAAUGGCGUCGUCCGCUUCCCUUGCAUCCAUCCAUCCGUUUCCGAACGCAGACAUCCGGUCACGUAGAACCGGAUCGCUUUUACCGGAGACAGAAUCUGUCUGAACACUCUCGACCCUUUGCCUCUCGAUUCCACCUUGUUUCUUUCGAGAUAUUAAAUACUUCCGGUUUGCCAACUAACGCUUGCACUUUAAACUUUACACGUUGAUUCCCACCGUGUGACGGCAUACCACGAUGCUUCCGCAAUUCGACAGAUUCGAAUAACUUGACGAGCUUUAUUGAAAGAAUAAACGCAGAUAAUUUCACGAUCGAACGAUCGAUCGACGAACAGAAAUCGUACGAGCUCGACGUUCUGCUGUCAGAAAUAUCAACGAUGAACAAAAUCGAGCGUUGGUAGAAUCUAGAUUCUGGGAAUUCAAGCCAAGGUAACUCGUAGAGUAAAACGUGCAAAAUUUGCAUGUGCAAAUGAGGCGUAUAACAAAAAUAACGAAAAAAUCGAUAACGAUGUAAGGACACUGAUUUGGAUAUACAGGCACGAUUUAUGCACCUUUCUGUCUAACGACAGAGACAAAUUAACAAAGGAUUACACUAAUUAAAUGGCCGGAUACUGCAAUGCAAGAAACAUAUAGCACCGUAUGAGCGAAAACAUUCCAUUACUCGGAAAAUCGUAAUAUAGAGAGCGACCGACAGAGUCUAUUGUGCUCUUGGAGCGAUUUGCUUUUGUUGCACGGUUCUCUCUAUGGUGCAAAUUUAUAUUUACUAUUUCACGACUCCCCGGAGAAAUAAACCGACGCCCGUGGGCAUCGGUAUUAAAACGAAACGGACAUGAUUUCGAUAGUCACAUGAAGAAUUUAUCGAUCGAUAACGCAGUUCUAUUCUGUGUAAAUGACUGCGCAAAUGACGCAUGAAUUUUCAUCGGAUCAUUAUGCGUUUAUAGAGUCUCGAACUUCGACACCGUAAGGAAAAAAAAUUGUGCCAAUUCAGUUGGUUUCUAGCUACGACGACGACUGUUUCGAAAAUAUUAUCAUCGGUGGAGCUCGAGGAACUUGUUAAUAACGUCGGUCGACAAAUUUUAUGCAGAUAUCAAGAAUUUCCGGUGAGUAAAAUUAAACAGAAAAAUGUCAAAGGUCUACUCGGCGCAAGAGGUAGCGAAACACAACACGGCUAAGGAUCUAUGGAUCGUGUAUCAAAACGGCGUGUACGAUAUUACAAAAUUUUUAAGCGAGCAUCCAGGCGGGGAGGAAGUCUUGUUGAAUUUAGGUGGACAAGACGCGACGAUAUGUUUCGACGAUAUUGGACACACCACCGAAGCUAUACAACUUCGCGAGAACUAUAAAAUUGGAACGGUGGUCGGUAGCCUUUCCGGAGACGCGACAUCUUCCCCAGGCACAUCUUCCGGGGGUGCGCAAGACACAAUAGACGACGACACUUGGGAAUACGAGCCACCGAAGCACGAACGGUCACCGUGGCUACCGGUGAUGAUCGCAGUUGCUGUUGUCGUUUAUGCAUCUAUAUUUUAUUACUUCUGGUACUCGUAAAGGAAAUAAAGUCAGCAUAAAUGCGCGAACUCGACGAAUAAAACGAUUAUUCGUUUUUACGAGUGGGGAUUUCUGUUCGUUCUUUCUCUUCUCUUCUGUUUCCCAAUGACACAGAAACCUGGCACGAUAAUGUAUAAUUAAUAUAGAAUAAAUGUAUUUAUUCGUAUCAAAGAAA